AACGAUUUAAAACCCUCAACAAAAGAGUGCAGACAGAAACUACAACUUGGCGUCGAACUGAAACUGCCCAGAAAACUAAGCCAGAGUUCGCCGUCGGCCGUCACAAACAGUGAGCAACUCCUCCAGAUUGAUUGUGAGUGAUGGAGCACGGUUCGUACACUGAUCUGAGUAAAUCAACGUUCUCUCUCAUGGAUGAGGAUCACACAUUUGCUAAUUCUGUCAGAUUCACUUUGAAUCAAGAUCCAAGAGUGACAUUUUGUGGAUACAGCAUUCCUCAUCCUUCAGAAAAUCGUGUUAAUGUCAGAGUCCAGACAACUGGGGAUCCAGCAUGUGAGGUGUUGAAAGAUGGUUGUCAGGAUUUGAUGCUUAUGUGCCAGCAUGUUAGGAGCACUUUUGAGAAGGCAGUUAAUGAUUUCAAAACAAGCAAGACUGGUGAUCAUAUGGAUAUAGUAUGAAUUAGUGUGCCAGUUACAGUUUUAAUUUUGUAGUAAUAGUGUUAUUGAAACUAGCCAGACACUGUGUUUAUCUCUAUAUCUUACUUUUUAUCUUUUUUAUCACAACUUAGUGUGUUUAUCUCAAAUCACAGUAUCAAUCAUAUAGGUUAUCUCUACUUUCGCUCUUAUAGUUGGACCAUCCAUGUCAAUCGCAUUCAGUGUGAAGCAAAUUUUUGUGCUAAUGCCCUUGUGUUUAGAGGCCAUGAUGUCA